CUGCCGACAUCACUUGGAGGUAAAUCGAAGCAUGAAAGAGUAUUUCUUCCGGUGGAGCUAAACAGCUUGUCGCAAAUCUCGUAUGAAGAUUUUGCGGUCUUUCUCAUGGUAAUCUUGCAACAGUGAGAAGACCAUGGAUGUAGACAAGUCAACUCCAAAUCAGAAAGUUGGGGACAAGCCACUUGUAAAUGGAGACUGUCAAUCCCCAGCUGAGUUGUCGGAUCCUGUCAUCGACUCAACCAAAUCUAUUCCUGCUGGUGCUGCUGUUGGAUUUCGACAUCAUCUACCACAGAUAGCAAACUUAACACGAAACACCAAGAUUGCACAGAGCAAGGCUAUUGCUAAGAGAGAGAGUACUGAAUGUGUACCGGAUGUUGAGGCAACUUUACAUGUUGAGGGCACUGGGAAAGUGGUGAAGUUGGAUGCUGAUUUAAAGACAGAAUUGUGUGUUCAGGAAGCUGGAGAUGUUAGUCCAGGUACAGGUGAUGUGGCAAAAACUGAGGAACAUGCAGAAAAGGAGAAAAGUGAAGAUACCAGCAAGUCCCGCAGUGGUAAAAAGGUUAGAAAGCCUGCCAGUGCUAAAAAGAAGAGUGCAUCAGAGUCACAAAAUACAGGGGAAAACAUUGAUUCAAAACCUUCCCCUGAAAAGCCUUCACCAGCAAACCAGUCUUAUAAGAAUAUCUUCCAGGAAACUGUGAUUUUGGGUAAACGAAACAGAAAACCUAAAAAAAUUGACUUUGAAGAAGAAGAGAAAACGUCACCAAAGGCUGCCACAAGUAGUGCUCGAAAAAAAGCACCAGAGAAAAAAGUAGAAGCUGUUUCAGAAACAGUUAGUAAGAUGGAAGAAGACAAACCAGCACAGUGGUUAGUGGGUGAUGUUCUGUGGGGGAAAGUGCCAGGACAUCCCUGGUGGCCCUGCAUGGUCGCCUAUGAUCCCUUCCAGGGACUCUACACAAAGUUUAAUAAACGGGUUCGUUUGUAUCAUGUGCAGUACUUCGGUCAUGAAGAAGAGAGAGGGUGGCUUUUUUCUUCAAGCAUUAUGGAAUUUCAGGGUUGGAAGCAAUAUGAGGAUCGUAAAGCUGAGGCUCUUAAAAAUGCAAAGAAACACGAGAAAGCAAGACUUGAAAAACUGUACAGGGUUAGCAACAGUCGCAUGGCAGCAUGGAAAAUAGCGAUAAAGGAAGCAGAGGAAGCCUUGCCGAUGUCUAGGAAUGAAAGAAAGCAGCACUACACUUACAUAUACGAGUCCAAAGACAGCGGUGAUAGUAAAAAAGUCAAUGAUAAAGGUGAAACAGACAUUAAAAUAGAAGAAAAUAAUUCUCUAAAAGACACGAAGAAAAGGAAAAGGAGAGCAGAGAAAGAGGAACCCUCAAUUACAGCUACAGCUAAACGGAAAAAAGUGGAGACUGCUAAUUCAAGUGAACCCUUGGUAUCGCCAAGACAGGGAAGUGGCGAUGGAUCCUUUGAUGUGUUUUGUCAGAAACAUAGAGACAGUGCAAAAGAAGAACAUCCAGAUUUGGAUGAGACGGCAUUGAUGGCAUAUCUCAAACAGCAGUGGUGUAUGAUGAGUAAAAAACAGAAAGCAAGAUACAGGUCUAAGUUCACAUCUGACCAAGGUUCCCCUGAGCCACAGAGAAAGUUGGCAUCAGGCCGAAUCUCAAAACCAACUACGAAAUUUUUAGAAAUGCUUGAGGAAACGGAGGAAGAAGAAUUGUCCGAUACAUCUAAUAAAAAACCCACCCCAAAGUCAAAGACUUCUACUAGGUCUGGACGACAUCCUGCUACCCCCGAUUCCCGUUCAUCUCUAGAAGGUACCAGUAACAGUGUAGCCACAGGACCAACUGGAGUCCAAGAGAAAACCAGUGAUACAGUGCUAGAGGAAGUAAAGGAGGAGGCCACUACUACUACUGUGCCUCCAACAGUGCCAGUGAAAGUCAACCGGAGGAGGAAGUCGGCAGCGUCCUCUGUUGACACAGACAGUAACACCGACACUCAGGAGGAUAGCAAACCUGUGAUACCAGUCCCCAAAGUGGCGACUAAGGAACCGGAGGAGGAGUAUGAGUUAGAAAUAUUUAAAUUGUCAUCACGUGCACCACCAAUGAAGGAAAGUCUGUGUGAAAUCUGCCAUAAGGUCGGUGACCUUGUUAUAUGUGAAGGCCAAUGCCAAGGGAGCUUUCAUAAGGAUUGCCUCGGACUAAGUGUCGCACCAUCCGGUGUCUUCAGGUGUGAUGAGUGCACAACAGGCAACCAUACUUGUUUCUGUUGCAAGAAGGCGGAUAAAGAUACAAGAAUUUGUACUGUUCCUGCCUGUGGAAAAUUUUACCAUGAGAACUGUGUGAAUAAGUGUUUGAAUGCAAGGACAGAAAGUAAAGGACUUGUGUGUCCCCUACAUAGUUGUGCUACCUGUUCUAUAGAUAAUCCAAAAAGUGCCAAGAAUACUAACAGAGGUAAACUUUUACGGUGUGUGCAGUGUCCAACAGCGUACCAUGUAGGAGAGUUUUGUAUAGCAGCUGGUAGUGAGGUACUGCCAGGGUACAACAUUCUCUGUAGUAAACACUUCCAGCCACUCCCGUCCCAGCGACACCACAGUCAUGUCAACCUCAGUUGGUGCUUCGUCUGCAACAGAGGAGGAUCAUUGCUGUGUUGUGAAAGUUGUCCUGCAGCUUUCCAUGCUGAAUGCCUGAAGAUGGACCAUACCCCUGAGGGUAGUUGGUACUGUCAUGAUUGUACUCAAGGCAAAAGACCACUGUAUGGAGAUAUUAUUUGGGUGAAACUUGGCAACUAUAGGUGGUGGCCCGGUGAGAUUUGCUGUCCUCAUAAUGUGCCUUUAAAUAUUCAAGAGAAAAGUCACCAGGUUGGUGAGUUUCCUGUCAGAUUCUUUGGUUCUCAUGACUUCUUCUGGAUACACAUGGGCAGGGUAUUUUCAUUUCAAGAGGGAGACAAGGGAAGCAAAGAGUCCAGCCUCGGAAAGCACCUGGCUAAGGUGUUCUCCAAUGGUGUAAAAGAAGCCAUGGAGGCUUACAAAUUGUGGAAAAAGGCCAAGGAAAACAAAGAGCAGAUAGAACAGCAGAAGAAUGAUAGAAAACCAGCUCCUUACAGAUUUAUUAAAACAAAUAUACCUCUGGGUAGCGUGCAGAUUUACAAGGCAGAUUUAUCCGAGAUUCCCAGGUGUGAAUGUCGACCAGACCAGGAGAAUGCAUGCAGCACUGAGACUGACUGCUUCAACCGAAUGCUAAUGUACGAGUGUAAUCCGACUGUCUGCCCUGCUGGAGAAAAAUGUCAGAACCAACGCUUCCAGAAACGCUCCUAUCCUGACUCUGUACCAUUUAAAACUGCGGAGGGCAGAGGCUGGGGACUGAAAACUCUAGUGGAUGUUAAAAAGGGACAGUUUGUGAAUGAGUAUGUUGGAGAUUUGAUAGACGAACAGGAAGUGAAAAGGAGAAUUGAUUCGGCCCAUGAGAACAACAUUUCUAAUUUCUACAUGUUAACGCUGGACAAAAACAGAAUUAUAGAUGCAGGCCCCAAAGGCAACCUGUCUCGGUUUAUGAAUCACUGCUGUAACCCAAAUUGUGAGACGCAGAAGUGGACUGUCAAUGGAGACGUGCGUGUAGGCCUCUUUGCCCUCCACGACAUACCUGCAGGUUCAGAGCUGACCUUCAACUACAACUUAGAAUGCUUAGGUAAUGAUAAAACGGCUUGUUGUUGUGGAGCUCCCAACUGUAGUGGAUUUCUAGGUGUUCGACCCAAGACUGCUGCUGCUGUGGCUAAUGAGAGAAGAGCUAAGGAAGCUUCAGAGGCAAAGAAGAAGAAAAGAAAACCCAAGAAAAUAAAGACAGACAUCAAGAAAGAGCAUGAAGAUGAAUGUUUCAGAUGUGGGGAAGGCGGUGAACUUGUUAUGUGUGACAAAGCAGGCUGUCCCAAAGUCUACCAUCUCCAAUGUCUCAAGCUCAACAGACCUCCACACGGGAGCUGGUACUGCCCGUGGCAUCACUGUGACACUUGUGGUAAAGUUGCUGUGAAUAUGUGUCAGGAAUGUCCAAACUCAUUUUGCCAGCACCAUACAGAAGACAAUCUGGUGGAGGUUAAUAGAGUUCUCUUGUGCUUGGAGCAUGAAGAUACAGAGGUUACCUCAUCCAGCUGUGCAUCUUCCGUAGUUUCAGACAGCCAAUCGGAUGCCGGGGAGGCCAAUGAUACCCUAACAGAGAACACAGCAGAAAACAGUAAUCAUUCAACUGCAGACAGUCAUGGGGAGAAUGGAAAGGGUGAAACAUCAAAAACACUGGAUACAAAAAAGUCAGGAAAAACCGUAACAAAAAAUCUUCCAAGUGUAAACAUUCCUCAUAAAGCUAUCACCAACCUUGACCGAAAACGCAGCUUAAACAAGAAAGACAGUCGCCGAAAACGACAAUUAGGAAGUGAUGUGACCCAAGAAGCAGGUGGAAAGAAAGGGCGAAAGGCAGAUUGUGUGGAGGGAAGGAAACCCCAUGGAGGGAAGGGGGACCCACUUGCUGUAGCCCCUAUGUUUGAUGACAGUGAUGAUGAUGGCUUCUCCAACCUCGUUAUAGACAUACCGCAAAUCAAUUAAUGACACCAUGAUCAUAAUAUAACUGUUUUAAAUGAAACUUGUUUUAACUAAGAUUCCUAAAUUUGAAUUUACUACACAUUCAAAUGUUUAUUUUAGAAAAUAGAUCAUUGUUCUCAUUUGUUUGUAAAAGUGAACUGUAUAUGGACGUAUUUCUUUGUUGUAUUUUAUACCUGUUUUGAUAAAGUUUGAAAUGAAGUAAAUUAUAAAGCUAUGCAAUCUUAUCUCACAAGAAGUGGUUUUUAUAAACAAUUUUUCGAUCUAUCCAUUAAUUACAAGAUACAUAUUUCUUUUUUUCUCAAGAGAAAACAAGCUUAAAAUCAUAUCUACAUUGAAAGGUUUUUAAUUGAAUUGUUGGUAUAAAAUUAGCAUUCAUUUGAAAAUGUGUUUAAUGUGCUUGAAUGUUACAUCUACACAUUUUAUAUUUUUAUCCUGUACUGUUUUAAUUUGUCAUAUAGGUUUGUUUUACCAUUGAUUCUCCAUUGUUCCAAAAAGACCAUUCUCUGGCAUUGCUAGUCGCAGGGCAAUCUGGGAGGUGUACAGGAAAACCCUAUAAUAUAUACACAGAGGCAGAAUAUUACAGCAGUGUUUAAUAAUAGUCUUAUAUAACUAUUUUAAUAUGUAAAUAGAAAUUGGUGUAGAUAUAUACAAACUUUACAAAGUAUUGAUGUAUGAAAAACUACGAUGUGUAGUGUCAGAGCUGAUGGAACAAACGUUGUAUCAAGUUGGAUUUUGAAUUUGUAGCUGUGGAAAUUUAACCACAUCCAUGGUAACUACUAACAGUGUUGGACACUUCUACAUUGGACACAAUGAAAAAAUGUUUGUUAUAUUAAACCUGUUUGUCAUAGACGACUGUCCAUAUAUCCACUCAAACUUAACUAGUUUAUGAAACUAGUAAAUAUAUAUCAUGAUAAUUCAUGGUUUACCUACAUAAAAACAGGCAUAGCGUUGAUGUUGUGGGGAUGUGUAAAUGUGAAGUGGACAAAAACAUGUUAUUGAGUAUGUCCUUGUAUUUGAUAUGAACUCUAUAUAUCAUAAUCCAGUCCAAAUCAUUUCAUAUAGUCCUUUGUGUGGCCUGUACACAGUGGUAGUUAUGUAACUUGUCUGUGAAUCAAUCAACAAUAGAACCAUUCAGGGAGACUUCGUCAGCAGGCUCACUGCUUUGUUGAUGUCCGCUAUAGUCCGGUUUAGCAGGUGCCCUUUAUCAGUCAGCAGCUAGAGAUGAGCCACAACACCGAGAUGUGGAUCAUGUAAAUAUCAAGACUUCAUCUUAUAUGUACAUAUAAAUAAGCAUAAAGAUCAUGAUUUGCUUGAUUUUAUUAUUGAUGUAAUAUAUGGUACUUUUAUCUGCAAUUCUGUGUAGUCAGAACAAAAUAACCUGUCACAUUGAACUUUGCAAGGAAUAUCCAUACAUUUUGUGUUGAGUAUGUCAAUCUGUUCUCUUGUAUGACAUGUCUAGUACGUAAUACAGGACUACUAAUCUACAUCCUCAUCCGCCUCGUCAGUAAGUUUGUCAUUUCAAUCCGAUUCAGCAGUCAGUAAUAUUAAAAAGGUGCAGCUCAUGGAACCCAGACAAACAGUGAGGCCGAGUAUUAUCUUUUUUCUUUGAACACUGCCGGAUUUGUUUGUUUACCUUGAGCACAUCACAAAGCUGUAGCUGUUGUGAAUAACGUAAUCUUACAGAUACGGUGAAUAACGUAACCUUACAGACAAGGUAAAUAAUGUAAACUUACAGGCACGGUGAAUAAUGUAAUCUUACAGACAAGGUGAAUAAUGUAAUCUUACAGACAAGGUGAAUAAUGUAAACAUACAGACAAGGUGAAUAAUGUAAUCUUACAGACAAGGUGAAUAAUGUAAACUUACAGACAAGGUGAAUAAUGUAAACUUACAGACAAGGUGAAUAAUGUAAUCUUACAGACAAGGUGAAUAAUGUAAACUUACAGACAAGGUGAAUAAUGUAAACUUACAGGCACGGUAAAUAAUGUAAACUUACAGACAUGGUGAAUAAUGUAAACUUACAGGCACGGUGAAUAACGUAAUCUUACAGACAAGGUGAAUAACGUAAACUUACAGGCACGGUGAAUAACGUAAUCUUACAGACACGGUGAAUAACGUAAACUUACAGGCACGGUGAAUAAUGUAAUCUUACAGAAAAGGUGAAUAACGUAAAUUUACAGGCAUGGCGAAUAAUGUAAACUUACAAGCACGGUGAAUAACGUAGAUUGGUACCCUUUUUAUUGUACUUUAUAUGUCUAACGAAUGAAAUGGUGGACACAAAUUAAACACAAAAUGUAUGAUUAUGGGUUAUGACGUAUGUUGGUACACCGACAUGCCCUAGGAUAUGAUGGCUGUUCUCACCUGUAAUAGCACUCUGUUCAGGCUAUUGCUCCCCAAUAUUGUCUGGCCUGUAACACCUGUACAGUAACUGGAGGUCAUUGGAACAGGUUAUUCUGUACUGAUUAUAUGAAUGAAAUAGACUAGUAGGCUUUUUUGAAAAGUCUGUCGGUGCGAUAUGAAUUAUUUUUGGUCCUCGUAAACUAAUGUUGCAUGUAUUAGGUGUCAAGAUUUGAAGACAUGUUGAGAACAUGUACUGUUAGCCCCCCCCCUGAGUCAUUACCUGGUAAUACAAUGUGAACCAAGAAGCAACAAUAAUAGAGAGGAAACAUGGUCAGAUGCAGCAAGACAUUUAUCUGAUGGAAAAUUUGUAGAUGUAAAUUUUUAUUAUGUGCAUAGACUUUUAUUGUCUCGCAUCAUUCUGUGUAUACAUAUUUCUUCAACAUAAUAAAAAGUAUGUUUUCAUUGAA